GAGAGAAAAAAAAGAGCCUUGGCUACAUGAAAUGAAACUAAGCACCCGGAAACGUAUUGAAACAAAACCAAACCGUAAACAAAACCAAGAUAAAAAAGGAAUAAAGGUUGUAACCGGUAUAGAAAGUUUUCUUUUACAUGACAGGCAUUUUCUGACUUUCCUUUCGCUGUGCUUCAAAUUCAUCAAAAAUGUCUGAAAAUAAAAAUAGAGAAUUUGAUAUUAUAAUUUUCGGUGCUACUGGAUACACUGGCCGAUAUGUAAUAGAAGAAUUGGCUCAUUCUUCUAAGUCAAUUGACAUUAAAUGGGCUAUUGCUGGCAGGAAUAAGGAAAAAUUAAAAGAAUCAUUGAAUAUUGUUCAAGAAUAUCUUGGACAAGAGAUUGACAUUAGCAAGACUCCUAUUAUUGAGGCUAAUGUUAAGAGUGGAACAUCUUUAUCAAAUAUGUGCGAAAGAGCUAAGUUGAUACUUAAUUGUGUUGGACCUUACAAAUUGUUUGGAGAACCUGUAAUAAAAGCUUGUUUAGAAAAUGGAACUCAUCAUGUUGAUAUUAGUGGAGAACUAAAGUUUUUAGAAGGAACUCAGAUCAAGUAUUUUGAUGUUGCACGUGAGAAAAAUGUUUAUAUUGUUGAAGCUUGUGGAUUUGACAGCAUCCCUGGGGACUAUGGACUGACUCUUUUGAAAAAACAUUUUCCCGGUGAUUUGAACUCUGUUGAAUAUUAUAUCAGUGUUGGAGUAGGGCCUGAAGGUCGAUCUACAAACAUUGGAACGUUUCUCUCGGCUAUUUACUCAUUUUGGGAUACUAUAUUUGUUAAAAAAGCUGAUAGUGCUCUGAAAGAAAAGCUGUUUAAGGAAGAUCUACCAUCACCAAAAUAUCCAUUGCCCUGGAGAUUACCUCCACUUUCUUAUAUUUCUGAAGAGAAAGGAUGGGGUCUUUGGUUUCUGGGUCCAGAUGAGCGAAUCAUUUUAAGAAGUCAGUUGUUUCGCCAUAAUUACUUAAAAGAACGACCAAUCUUGUCUCAUGGUUAUGUGAAGUUAUCUUCAUUUUUUACUGGAUUGCUACUCAUAAUGUUUGCUGGAUUUUUUGGAUUCAUGACAUCCUUUUCUUUUGGUCGAUAUCUACUGGCAAAGUACCCAUCAUUUUUAACUGCUGGUGUAUUUUCAAGUACUGGGCCAACUCGAAAGCAAGUAAUGGAAGGAAGCACGACGUUUACAUUAUAUGGCCUAGGAUGGAAAGAAAAACUAUCAGAUCCCACAGACCAGCACACCACUAAACCUGACACCAGAAUAAAACUCACCAUUAAAGGACCAGAGCCUGGAUAUCCAUUAACUGCUAUGUGCAUGGUACAAGCUGGUUUGACAAUACUCCAAGAACAAGCUAAAUUACCUUUAGAAGGAGGUGUUCUCACUCCUGGUGUAGCAUUUGCUGACACUUCUCUCAAACAAAGAUUAGAAAAGCGUGGAAUGACUUUUGAAUUUAAAGCUCUUAACUGAAAGUUUUGAUGAAAGGAAUGAAGCUUAUGAACACUGUGAUUAAUAUGUUGCUAUUACUAAGAUUUAUAAUUAUUGCUUAACAGGUUAAUGAGCACAUACUAUAUUGUUUCAUAAAAGAUUAAGCUUGGAAAUGUCAAUUAUAACUUUUGAAAACUAAUUAUUUUUGUUAAAAAUGUCAGGCAUGUAAAUGUUUCCACUUAUUAUGCUAAACAAUGCUCUAAUUGCCUAAUGGAUGUAGUAUUUGCCUUAUGCAUUUGUUAUUAAGACGAAAAUGAAGAUGAACUUGCUCGUCAUCAUUUUUAAAUGCUUCUUAUAAUAUUUUACUUCAGAUGGUAGUUUUUUUAAUAUUAUAAGAGUGUUAAAAAAAAUUUCCACAGUAAAAUAUAUUAUGUCAUAUUAAUAUUGUUUAUCUGUCUGUUUGACAAAGCAAGAGCUUUUUUUCAUAAUUUUUUAUGUUUUAUUGUCAAUUUUAUUAUUUUUUUUUUUUAUAUCAUAUUGUUGUAUCUUAUUUUUAUGUUACUUUUUAUUAAUUUUUGUAAAAUAGUAUGAGUUUAAAUAAUGAUCUUGUCUUAAAAAUUUUUCUGUUUUUCUUUUUAGUUUAAAAAUAUUUGUUGUUCUUUUAUAUGUUAGAAAGUAAUAAAUAUAUAUAUAUAGAUUUAUAUCCUGAAAUGUGAGUGACUGAUAACGAACGAGCAGUCUAACCAUUAGAAAACAACCUUAAUUGUAUUUGCACCAAUAUGAUGAAUGUAAAAAUAUAAUUUAAUAUUUUAAAAUGUUUGGGUUACGCAUAAAAAAAUUUUGAAAGUGUAUUAAACAUAUUGAUUAAGGCAUUAUAGAUUAUGCUUAUAAGUAAUUCUGUUUUAGUAGUUUUUAUUUUAAAAUAUUUCUAAAAAAUACCGUGUUUACUAAUAUAUAGAGGGUGAUAUUGUCUGAUUUCUAUUUCUGGAUGUUUUUUCCCCUUUUUAAUACUCUCUUAUAUCUGCACAGUUUUCAGAAUUACUAUUUUUAAAUUGUGUUUCUUGUUAACAAUUAUGAAUUAAUUAUAUUAAAACUUGAAUUUGCGCAAAAUAUAUUUUUGUAAUGAUUCAAAUUGUGAAUAUCAAAAAGAAAUGAUAUAUUUAAUCAUAAAAAAAACUAUUACUAUAUUUUAUUAUUUAAACAAGAUUAUCUCUAAUAAAAUUUUUUUUGGAAUACGUAUUUGUUUUGUUCUUGAAAUCUUUCCUAUUUAACAUUCUAAGGAAAUCAACCACUUUCAAUAGUUUUGAAAUCUUAGUGUCACUUUUAGUUUAAAUGAAUUGAUUUUUAUUCAUUUUUCAUCAAAAGAAAUUUCAUUACAUACAUUUUUAUUUGUUAUACAAGCAAACAAUCUUUAUAAAUUAUUAAAAUAUGAUUAUAAUGCAAUGCCUGUGAGUUUGCAAAAUCACUGAUCAGUGGAAUUAUAUCCUCUUAUUGUCAUUAUAUUUUAAAGAAUGAAAUAUUUAAUAUCACAAUAUUGAAAUUUUUUGGUCAACAGACUCACAAUCAUUAAUUAUCUGAAUAAAAGCUAUUUGGUGAUUUAAUGAAAUUUAUUUAAAUCGAUAGUGUUAUAGAGUCAGGGGCUCAGGUAUGCCCAUGUUUUGCAUCUGUUUAACUUUCUCUUGAAUCACUUAUUAUAUUUCACAACUCUAACGGAGAUGGUUUGGCGUUUAUUAGAAUGCAAAACGGCAAAGUGUGUGUGGGAGGAAGGAAACUCUUUUUUGUAGCAAAAAUUAGAAGGACUAAGUUGGCUUAGCUCUCUGUCCAAAGUGGUAUUUAGCAAUGAUUUUCUUUCACUUUCAGUAUUAAGGAGUCGAUAAAGUGUUGCAAUUUUUAUUUGCAUAGCUUAAACCUUAUUAACAUUAAAUUUGAAUUAAAAUGGCUUCACGCAACCCAUCAAUGUUUCUAAUUAUAUUAUUUAUAUGAAUGUAUACUUGUGAAAAACUGAAAUAAAUUAAAGAAGGAAAUCUCUUUAAAAAAAGUAAUUUUUUUUUCCAAUUUUAUGCAAUUUAAUAAGGAAAACUCUUAAACCGUAAAUUUUUUUUAAAUAUACUUUUUGAAUAACAUCUAAAAAUUAUUGAGCAUUUGAGGAAGGGGAUAUUGUAGGAAAUAUUUACGAAUUUGCUAAAAAACAGUUAACUAAACAUUUUGAAGGGUAUACCUGCUAUUAAUUUCUUUAGCUUAAAAUUUAAACUCCUCUCUUCUUUCAGCAUACCAACUUUUAUUAUGUAUGUAACUGACCUAACUUCUUCAAUUUUAGGAAUUUUUCAUCAUCUUCAAACUUAUACUUAAGUUUUUGUAUAAUUUAGUAAAAUUUCAUGUUUUUUCAAUCCUCAUCAUGCUGUUACUUUGUUUCAAAAUUGAAAUAACAAUCAUUGAAAAAAGUUGUAAUCUUUUUUUUUUUAAAUGCUGCAAAGUUAAUGGAAAAUUUUUGUAUUUAUUUUCAUUGUGUUUAUAUUUUGCAUUAAUUUUAUUACAUUUUUACUAUCAUGACGUAGUUUCUUACAAAUUAAAUCUUUUUUAUAUGAUUUGA